GCAGCCUGCAACGUGUCUUCAGCUCCCAGUCCGCCCCAGUGACUCCCAGUGCGAAGACGGAGCUCAGCCAGGCAUGGCCAGCAACGAGAAUUGUAAAGAUGGCUGCCGGGGCGGUGGGGGAUGCAGCGAUGGAGAACGCGCCGCCGACUCCUUCAAGGCAUCAGACUUAAUAAUCAGCCGGGUGACCAAUCCCAGAGAGAAGCCGGAUCUGUCGGGCCUCGUGUUCGGCACCGUGUUCACCGAUCACAUGCUCACCAUCGAGUGGACGGCACCCACCGGGUGGCAGAAACCCGUCAUUAAGCCUUUCGGGAAAUUCUCCAUUCACCCCGCGUCCCCGGCCCUUCACUACGGCAUGCAGCUGUUUGAAGGAUUCAAGGCUUACCGAGGAGCUGACGGGAAGGUUCGCGUGUUUCGGCCCAAACUCAACAUGAAACGAAUGCUGCAAUCUGCUAUACGUAUGUCUCUGCCGGCGUUUGAUAAGGAGGAAUUGCUGAAAUGUAUCCUGAAAUUAGUCGAUCUGGAUAAAGAUUGGGUUCCAGACUCCAGCGACGCCAGUCUGUACAUCCGCCCCGCGUUCAUCGGAACCGAGGAGUCGCUGGGGGUGAAGAAGUCGUCCUCCGCGCUGCUCUACGUCAUCCUGAGUCCGGUCGGAGCUUAUUUUGCCAAAGGAAGCUUCAAACCGAUUUCUUUGUGGGCCGACCCGAAAUUCGUGAGAGCCUGGAAGGGGGGAACCGGGGACUGCAAGACCGGAGGGAACUACGGCCCGACUAUCUACCCCCAGGAAGAAGCCAUAGAAAAGGGGUGUCAGCAGGUGCUGUGGCUGUACGGGGAGGACGAUCAGAUCACGGAGGCCGGGACCAUGAACGUUUUCGUGUUCUGGAAGAAUGAGGACGGAGAGGAGGAGCUGGUCACCCCCCCGCUGGACGGCAUCAUCCUCCCCGGGGUGCUGAGGCAGAGCGUUCUGGACCUGAGUCGCAAGUGGGGGGAGUUUAAGGUCUCCGAGAGAUACAUCACCAUGAAGGAUCUGGUGGCGGCACUAAAGGCAAACCGCGUGAAGGAGGUUUUCGGGACGGGAACCGCCUGCUCCGUGUGUCCGAUCGGCAACAUUCUGUACAAGGACGAGAACCUGAGCAUCCCAACCAUGGAGAACGGACCUAAGAUCGCCCGCCGGGCCCUCGCGGAGCUCAGCGACAUCCAGUACGGAAGAGUGGAGAGCGAGUGGAUGGCCACCGUGUCCUAAACGCCGCCACUUCCACACCGUCCGCGAGGCACACGUCACGUGACACGCGUGACAUCCGGCUAUUCCGUGUGAUAAAUACUCCCGUUUGCUGACGCAUCUGUUACCCCCCCCAUCCCAAAUCCUGUCAAUCAUUACAUGUCGUGUUUUAGGUUCUUUUUCACUCCUUUAUACAGAAAUGUGUAUUUUGGGUAAAAUUGCCAUAUUUGGUGUUUA